ACCCAGACACCCACCCACCCUCUCUCUUAUCUCCUAAAUAAACACCAGAAAGAACCCAUGUGUUAAAAGAUCUAAUAGUUUCAGAUUGGAUGAAAAUGGUGGACACAGAGAGAGUUUGCAGGCUAAAGCUUCUGGUGGGGCUGAUAGCCAUAGUGAGUGGAUUUGUGGGUUCAUGGGCAGGGGCUCCUCUCCUCAAUCCUUCCAAGUUAGAAAUGUUUGUUGACAAACUCCCAGACAUGCCCAGAAUCAAAGGUUAUAAGCUUGUUAAUGGUGUUCCUGUUCCCAAGAAACUCAAGAUUGGCAUGUUUCACAAGAAAUGGAAAUUCCACAGAGAUCUUCCCCCAACCCGGGUGUUUUCAUACGGUAGAUCGAAGCGCAGGGCAACGAUUCCUGGACCCACAAUCGAGGCACUCCAUGGAGUCGACACCUACGUGACGUGGAAAAAUCGCCUCCCUUCAAAACACAUAUUGCCGUGGGACCCAACAAUUCCGACGGCUAUGCCAAAGAAGGGAAUUCCUACGGUGGUGCACCUACACGGCUCAAUCGGUGAACCCGCGAGCGAUGGCAACUCCAAGUCAUGGUUCACAGCUGGAUUUCGCGAGCGGGGGCCCACUUGGAGCAAGAAGAGGUACCACUAUCACAAUGUACAACAUCCUGGGACCCUCUGGUACCAUGAUCAUGCCAUGGGGUUGACCAGAGUCAACCUCCUAGCUGGCUUGAUCGGGGCCUACGUCAUCCGACACCACGAUCUCGAGAUCCCACUGGGCCUACCGUACGACCGCAAGUUUGACCGGCCGUUGGUUGUGUUUGACCGUAGCUUCCGUACCGACGGCUCGAUAUACAUGAACCCCAUCGGGAACAAUCCCUCCGUGCACCCGCAUUGGCAGCCAGAAUACUUCGGCGACGCCAUCAUAGUCAACGGGAAAGCGUGGCCCUACAUGACCAUACGCCGAAGAAAGUACCGGUUCAGGAUCAUCAAUGCCAGCAACGCAAGGUUUUUCAACUUCUACUUCAGCAACAACUUGACCUUCACCCACGUGGCAUCUGACUCGGCGUACAACGAGGCGCCACUUGUCCUCCACCACAUCCUACUCGCCCCUUCCGAAAUAGCUGACGUGGUAGUUGACUUUUCCGAGUCUAAGUCUAAGUCAGCAAUUCUAUCCAACAAUGCAGUAUAUCCUUACCCUUCUGGCGACCCCGUGGAUGAAGUUAACGGUAAGGUCAUGAAGUUCAUCAUCAAACCUGGCAAGGAGGUUGACACAUCGCAUAUUCCAAAAAAACUGAUAAGUUAUCCUUCGCCAAGCUUGUCCCACGUUUCUAACGCAAGGUACAUCGCAAUGUACGAGUACACGAGCUCUAUUGACGAGCCGACACACCUAUACAUCAACGGCAAAUCGUACGAUGAGGCGGUGACCGAAACGCCAAGAGUGGGAAGCAGCGAGAUAUGGAACAUCAUAAACCUGACGGACGACAACCACCCUUUGCACAUCCAUUUAGGGCUUUUUAAGGUGUUGGAUCAAACGGAGAUAGUGGAGGAAGAGGAGUUCAAGGCAUGCAUGUUGAAGUUUAACGAUGCGGUGAGGUGUAAGGUGAUGGAGCACGCGCGGGGGAAGAAGGUGAGGGUGGCCCCUCACGAGAAGGGGUGGAAGAAUGUGUACAAGAUGAUGCCUGGCUAUGUUACAACAAUAUUUGUGAGAUUUUCAUUCAUCCACUCAAAUGCUUCUUACCCUUUUGAUGCUACCGCACAGCCUGGUUAUGUCUACCAUUGCCAUAUUUUAGAUCAUGAAGACAAUGUGAUGAUGCGACCGUUAAAGUUGGUACAUUAAGAAGUGAAAUUAAAAUAAUAUAAACGAUAUAUGGAAAGAAGGCAGUGGUUGGUGCUCUAUAAAUCAAAUAGGCUACAACCUCUUUUUUUUUUUUUUCUUUUUUCUUUUUUUUUUUUCAAUAUUUAGAUUGUAUUCGGAGCACAAGAAUAAUCUAAAAUAUUGAAAAAGUAGUAUUCAACUCUUACACAAACCGAAGAUAAUUAAUAAAGGAAAACUUUCAGAAUACAA